AUGAAUAAAUUCUGCAGAGGACAUGGGGCUUUGGCUGCAGGGCCUAUAGGAGACCUUCCAGGUACCCUGGGCUUCCAGGUAGCAGAGCAGUCUCAGGACAUUAAGAGCUUUGACUUGGUGGUCAAGGGCACACAGGGAUCAGUGUCAUUUAAGGAUGUGACUGUGGGCUUCACUCAAGAGGAGUGGCAGCAUCCGGACCCUGCUCAGACGACCCUGUCCAGGGAUGUGAUGCUGGAGAACUACAGCCACUUUGUCUCAGUAGGGUAUUGCAUUCCUAAACCAGAAGUGAUCCUCAAGUUGGAGAAAGGCGAGGAGCCAUGGAUAUUAGAGGAGAAAUUUCCAUUACAGAGUCAUCUGGAAUUAAUUAAUACUAGUAGAAACUAUUCAAGAAUGAAAUUCAAUGAGUUUAACAAAGGUGGAAAAUGUUUCUGUGGAAAGCAUGAAAUAAUUCAUUUUGAAGAGGAAUCUUAUGAAUAUAAUAAAAAUGGGAACGGCUUCUGGCUGAGCCUCAUUUGGCAUCAGAAAAUUAAAAAUUGGGAGCAACCUUUUGAAUAUAAUAAAUAUGGGAAAGCUUUCACUGAGAAUUCACUCUUCCUUGUAUAUUAGAGAGCUUACACAGGACAGAAAACCUGCAAAUAUACGGAACAUGGGAAAACCUGUGGUAUGUCAUUUUUCAUUACUCAUCAGCAAACACAUCCAAAAGAGAACCACUAUGAAUGCAAAGAAUGUGGAGAAAAUAUCUUUGAGGAAUAUCUCCUUGAACAUCAGAGUGUUUACCCAUUCAGCCAGAGGUUAAAUCCCAUUCCAAUUCAGAGAACCCACUCAAUUUACAAUAUUAUUAAAUAUAAUGAAUGUGGAAACUUUGUCAGUGAAAAAUUAGUCCUUCAUUUACAACAUAGAACAUAUACAGGAUAAAAGCCUUAUGAAUGUCAUGAAUAUGGAAAAACCUUCACCCAGAAGUCAGCUCACACGAGACAUCAGAAAACACACACGGGAAAACCCUAUGAAUGUCAUGAAUGUGAGAAGACCUUCUGUAAGAAUUCAGACCUCAUUAAGCAUCAAAGAACUCACACAGGGGAGAGAUCUUACAGAUGUCUAGAAUGUGGGAAAUCCUUCAGUGAAAAGUCAGCCCUUACUCAACAUCAGAGAACACACACAGAGGAGAAACCAUAUGAAUGUCAUGAAUGUGGGAAAGUCUUCUCAUUUAAGUCAGUCCUUACAGUGCAUCAGAACACAGGGGAGAAGCCCUAUGAAUGCUAUGCAUGUGGGAAAGCCUUUCAGAAAUCAGACCUCAUUGAACAUCAAAGAAUUCACACAGGAGAAAAACCUUAUGAAUGUAAUGAAUAUGGGAAGUCAUUCUCUGAGAAGUCAACCCUUACUAAACAUCUAAGAACUCACACAGGUGAGAAACCUUAUAAAUGUAUUCAGUGUGGAGAAUUUUUCUGCUACUACUGAAGUUUCACAGAACAUCUGAGAAGACAUACAGGGGAGAAACCUUUCAGAUGUAAUGAAUGUGGGAAAACCUUCUAUCAGAAGUCGACCCUAAUUGUUCCCCAGAGAACUCAUAUAAGACAGAAACCCUACGAAUGUAAUGAAUGUGGAAAAUCAUUCUGUGUGAAGUCAAAACUCAUUGCACAUCAUAGCACACACACAGGGGAGAAACCCUAUGAAUGUAAUGUUUGUGGAAAAUCAUUCCAUAUUAAGUCAAAACUAACUGUACGUCAGAGAACACGCUUGGGGUGAAACCCUAGAGUUGUAGUAAGUGAGGGAAAUUACUCUGGGUGAAGUCAGAACUUUGUAGAACAGAGAACAUAAAGAGUGAGAGAAAUCUGUUAAUAUAAUGAUAAUGAGAACACCCUUGCCCUGAAGUCAAUUCUUACAGUAUAGAAGAAAACUUAAAGAGGGAAAAAACAAUGUGAAGAUAAUGGAAUGCAGGAAAACAUUAUUCUGGAAUUUGGACCAUACAUUAUAUUAUAAAACUGAAAGUGGAAAAAAAUUAUUGGUGAUUGAAUAUAGGAAACAUUUUGCUCAAUGUCACACCUCAGUAAACAUCAGAGAGUUCAUACAGGGUUAAAUGUGGCUCAGCAUCCCUAGGUUGAGAAGGGACACAUUUUUCUGCUACUCCAGUUUCACAGAACAUCUGAAAAGACACACAGGAGAGAAACCUUUUGGGUGUAAUGAAUGUGGGAAAGCCUUUCGUCAGAAGUCAGCCCUAAUUGUUCACCACAGAACGCAUAUAAGACAGAAACCCUAUGAAUAUAAUGAAUGUGGAAAAUCAUUCUGUCUGAAGUCAAGAGGCCAGAGAAAAUGCACAAACUAUAGGAAACUAUAGGAAAGAAUUUACUAUGAGGUUAUAUUUUAUAGAGCAUAUGUAAUAAGAAGUACCUUCUCAGUGAACAUCCCAUAGUAGAGAAAGUAUUUUUAAUUGUAUCCAAUGUGUGGACGUUUUAAGUUAAAAUCUAAAUUUAAUAUAGACCAGAGGUGUUGAUUUGCAGGAUAUCUAGCAAUUUAAGAAAAUGUGGAAAAAAGGUUUUUUCUUUCUUUCUUUCUUUCUUUCUUUUUAAUUUUGAGAUGGAGUCU